AUGUCAAAUGAAACAGCGUCUAUGAGAGAAAUACAACACAACCGACAACUCAUUAUGCAAGCUCUAAAUAAGAACACAACAAACUUUUCAAACUAUUCUAAGAUAUCUGAGUCAUUGAAAGAAGGAAACUUAAAACUGACAAUAAACCCUAUGACAGAUGAGUUUCUGUUUCAAGACAAUAAGAACCAUACUGUCUGUAUAAAUCCAACAAAAGGAACUUUAAACGAGAAACCUAUAAAUGAACUUCUUUUGAAAGCAGAUGUUGACAACAAAGCUGACAAAGAAUAUGUAGACGAUGCAAUAGCAAAAGAAGAAGAAAGAGCUAACAAUGCUUAUGCAACAAAAGAACAUACUCAUCCUGAACUAGCAGACAAAACAUAUGUUGACAAUAAAAUGUCAAGUGAAGUGACAAGAGCUGAAAACGAAUAUUCUAAAAAGACUCAUAUACAUUAUAUUAACCAAAUACCAAGUCUUAAGGAAACAUUAGAGACAAAAGCAGAUAAGACUCAUACACAUACCAUUGCAAAUAUUACAAACUUACAAGAAACCUUAAACAGUAAAAGUGCCGUUGGACAUACACAUACCAUUGCAAAUAUUACAAACUUACAAGAAACCUUAAACAGGAAAAGUGACGUUGGACAUACACAUUCUAUAUCUGAAAUAACAGACUUAAACGUUAGCCUUGAAAAGAAAGCAGAUAAAACAUAUGUCAAUGAAAUAUACCAAAGUUUGAUAGGAACAAAAAAAAUAUUGAAACUAUUGUUGGUGACUUUUCUUUCAAUGAAGAAAAUAAAUAUUUUAGAUGGCAGUUUGUACAGUCCUUAA